AUGGAGGCUUCAGGUUCAUCAGAACGCGAGAAGUCUCUCGACAUAGACAAACCAUCAUUGACAAAAGAUGUCCUUGAACGCAGCGUUACAGCCGAAUCGGUCAAGUACCCUUCCACUAGCAAGGUGAUCCCGAUCAUGCUAGCAUUAUUUAUCUCAAUGUUCCUCGUUGCUCUGGACCGAUUGAUCGUCGCAACGGCAACCCCCAAAAUCACCGACGAAUUCCACAGUUUAAACGACAUCGGCUGGUACGGUAGUGCAUACAUGUUAACAGCCUCAGCCUCCCAGCUCGUCUACGGCCGAAUCUAUACCUUCUACCCCGCCAAAUGGGUCUUCCUAGGCUCAAUUCUUAUCUUCGAAAUCGGCUCCGCUGUCUGCGGCGCCGCACCCUCAUCCAUCGCCCUGAUUAUCGGCCGAGCCAUCGCCGGUCUAGGAACUGGUGGUAUCUCAGCGGGAGCUGUGAUUAUCAUCGUUUUCACCGUUCCGCUCCAGAAACGACCUAUGUACCAAGGUCUCAUGGGUGCGGUGUUCGGCAUUGCAUCUGUCCUGGGUCCUAUUCUGGGAGGAAUCUUCACGACGGAUGUAACUUGGCGUUGGUGUUUCUAUAUUAACCUACCACUUGGUGGUGCGGCUAUGGUUGCGAUCUUCUUCUUGUUGGAUGUUCCGGCGCCGAAGAAUGGUAACUGGACUAUCAAGCAGAAGAUUCGCCAGCUUGAUCCGCUGGGAAACCUUUUCUUGAUUCCUGGGGUGGUUUGCUUGCUUCUUGCGCUGGAGUGGGGUGGUUCGACUUAUGCGUGGGCCAACUGGCGUAUCAUCUUUCUUUUCAUCCUUUUUGGUGUGCUAAUUGCCAUAUUUGUGGGCGUGGAGAUCCGGCUUGGGGAGAAGGCUCUUGUGCCGCCGCGGAUCUUCACGCAGCGAUCCGUUCUUGCGGGCUUUUUCUGGACUAUGAGUACCAGUGCCUGUAUGAUGGUCACGCUGUACUACCUGCCAAUCUGGUUCCAGGCUGUCAAGAACGUCAAUGCCGAGAAGUCCGGUAUCAUGAACCUGCCACUCGUGCUUUCGAUGGUUAUCGGGGUCAUUCUAUCGGGCGUUUUAGUAUCGAGGUUCGGCUAUUACAACCCGUUCAUGCUUCUUUCCGUGGUUCUGCUCUCGAUUGGUGCUGGUCUGCUACACACCUUCCAGGUUGACACGGGGCAUGCCAAGUGGAUUGGCUACCAAGUCAUUUUUGGAUUCGGAUUGGGCUUGGGAUUCCAGCAGUCCAACAUUGCGGUGCAGACAUGCCUUGCGCCUGUGGAUGUUCCCGUGGGGGCAUCACUGCUCAUGUUUUCGCAGCAGCUGAAUGGGGCCAUUUUUGUGAGUAUCGCACAGACAUUGUUCUCCAACUUCUUGAAGGAGAAUCUGGAGGCGGUGCCUGGUAUCAAUGCCGCCCAGAUCAUCAAGGCUGGGGCUACUGCUUUGCGGGAAUACGUCCCUGCUUCCAAACUGAGUGCGGUGCUGAGCGAGUACAGUAACGCCAUUACCAAGACGUUCAUCCUUGCUAUUGUCAUGGCCUGUCUGUCGUUGGGCCCAGCAUUGGCGAUGGAGUGGAAGAGCGUGAAGAAAGAUAUGCAUAAAAAGACUCAGGAGACCGAAAAUAAGGCAUAG